AUGCUUGAGUGGUACGAGAACGCCUCUCAAGGCUGGCUACUCACCACGCUUUCGUCGCUUCUUUGUGUUCUCGGAUGCUUUAUCAUAUUCUUGGACGACGUUUACUACUUCGUCCUUCCAAGGACCAUCACUGCCAAGUUUCCCUUUCAUCUCAAAGAAAACUAUUCAUUUAUGAAUGGAUCGCUUGCUUUUAGUUGUGGGUGCUUGUUGCUCACGGCGCUCUACCGGCUCUUGCCAGAAGCCAUGACCUACUUGGCGUCUUCAGAUCAAGAUGGAAAGGCAAACACAGUUCUAGUUGUAUCGUUCAUCGCGGGCAUUAUCAUCUGUAUAUUGUUCAAUAAUGUGUUGCACUUGCUCACCGCAGAGUCUGUGGUACAUUGUUCGCACGGUGGAGAAGGGAAGAUAGAACAAAUGCCCAGUGAUCAGUUGCACAUUUCGCAUGUCCUUGAGGCACGCGAACAUCCUCAUCAGGGUCAAGACGGGCUGCAUUUGCACUGCUCGUCGUCUGCAAAGCUGCAUUCACACCACAGCCAUGAUCUUGAGAGAGGUCCUACGGAAAUGUCCCAAAGAUCUUUCGAUUCACAUCAUCACGGAAGCCCCAGCAAAUGCUUGGAAAGCGACGAAUCAAAUGCGAAUAUAACGGUUUACGAAGGCGCGGCUAUAGUGCCUGUCACUGACGCGAAUGAUUUGGAAAGACAACCUCUUUUGGCCCACAAGAAGUCCAGCGGCUUGGCCCAUUUCUUGGCACAUGGCUCAACGCUGGAGGAGCAGAUUCUAGGAGAAUGCAAAGGGUAUUCUUCUGCCGAAAGAAAAGCCGAAGAUGACACCCGUGAAAAUAUCUUAGAGAUGGACGAUACCAUCAAGCCUGUUGUGACCCCAGUCGCUCUGCACUCGCAUCACGACUCAGACGAGCACCAUCACCACCAUGUGAACUCGCCAUACUCGAGACUUCUUCUCAUUGGUAUACAAACAAUAUUUGCCAUUACCCUUCACAAAUUUCCCGAGGGCUUUAUCACAUACAUAACUUCAGAGACUAACCCCCAGCUAGGUUUUUCCAUUUUUCUAAGCUUGUUGAUCCAUAACUACACCGAGGGUUUUCUGAUGUGUUUGCCGUUAUAUUAUUCUUUUGGGGAUGUGAAAUGGAGGAAGUUGAAAGCUGUGGGCAUCAGUGCUACUCUAGGAGGGCUUUCGCAACCCAUGGGCGCCUUUCUUGGCUACUUGUUUAUGCGUUACUACGGUAAGGACAGCUUCGAUGUCGGGAAGCUCAACUAUGUCUUUGGUAUUUCCAUGGCAGUUACAAGUGGGUUUCUCGUUGUGAUUGCGUUGUCCAUGUAUGGGUCAUCCGUGUCUUUCAGCGCAAGGCCAAAUUUUGUUUUAGUCUGGUGUCUUAUUGGAAUGGGCACUAUAGGCGUCCUGACCAUUUUUACGAGCCACUAG